CCCGUCCCGUCCCACCACGGGAUUGCUGCGGGGCAUCGGCAGGGCCCGUCCAACCCCAGGGUUGCUGCGGGGGCGUCGGCCGGGGCUCGGGGCUUGUCCUGCCCUGGAGCCGGUGGGCAAGGACGGAGCCUGGCGUGGGGGUGGGGAGGGCGAUACCCGCCCAAGGGACCCGGCCCCCGGUGCAGCACCGCGCUCAGUGGACCCGGCCCGAGCGAUGGAGCGGUACCACGUCCUGGAAAUGAUCGGCGAAGGCUCCUUCGGGCGCGUGUAUAAGGGGCGCCGCAAACACAGCGCCCAGGUGGUGGCCUUGAAGUUCAUCCCCAAGGUGGGGCGGUCUGAGAAGGAGCUGAAGAACCUGCAAAGAGAAAUUGAGAUCAUGAGAGGCCUCCAUCACCCCAACAUCAUCCAGAUGCUUGACAGCUUCGAGACUGAUAAGGAGGUGGUGGUGGUGACUGACUAUGCAGAGGGGGAGCUUUUCCAGAUCCUGGAGGACGAUGGGAGUUUGCCUGAGGACCAGGUCCAGACCAUCGCUGCUCAGCUGGUCUCUGCUCUCUAUUACCUGCACUCCCACCGCAUCCUGCACCGAGACAUGAAACCCCAGAACAUCCUUCUGGGCAAAGAUGGUGUUGUCAAGCUCUGUGACUUUGGGUUUGCCCGUGCCAUGAGCAUCCAUACCAUGGUGCUGACCUCCAUCAAGGGCACCCCACUGUAUAUGUCCCCUGAGCUGGUGGAGGAGCGGCCGUAUGACCACACAGCAGAUCUCUGGUCUGUGGGCUGCAUCCUGUAUGAGCUGUUUGUGGGCACUCCUCCCUUCUACACCAACAGCAUCUUCCAGCUUGUCAGCCUCAUCGUCAGGGACCCUGUCAAGUGGCCCACGGCCAUGAGCCCAGUGUUCAAGAGCUUCCUUCAGGGACUACUAAUGAAGGACCCCCACCAGCGUCUGUCAUGGCCAGAGCUGCUCUCUCAUCCAUUCAUUGCUGGACGGGUUACUGUGAUCGAUGACACAGAAGAGCGUGGGAUCUCAAACCCCUUUACCACAAAGCUGUCCCCAGAACUGCAGGCCCUGAAGGAACAGCAAGCCCAUUCCCUGGUCCCCAGGAGCAGCCAGUCCAGGAUCCUGAGAAAGGCCCAGCGGAAGAUGGUUGAAGAGGCACAGAAAAAGGGGCAACUGAAGGCAAGUGAUGCAUCUAUGAAGGACUCUGGCAAUGGACACCCCAGGCAUAGACCCAGAGCAGGUCCAGGCAAGGCAGCCCCUGAGGAGGGGGAGCCACUGGCUGCCUCCAGUGAGAAUAACUCUGGUCUCCUACAAGGAAAGAGCAGCAUGGCAGAGUGGGAAUUGGAGGAGUCUCUUCCUGACCCAUGCCAGCACAGCAUCUCUCGAGACUAUGAGCGGGAGUUUCCUGGAGCAGGUGCCCCUCCACAGCCUGAUGCUGGCAGGGCAGAGCCCUGGGGCAGGCGCAGCAUUGAGGCCGUAGACCUGGAGAGUGAGGAGCUGGAGAGCGAUGAGGAGUGGCAGCACCUGAUUGAGGCCACUGAGCCCUCAGCCAUGCAGCUGAGCACACCACUGAGCCUCCUGAGGGACCCAGCCUUUCAGCACCGUGUCAAGGACUGCCUGGCAGACUCUGCUCAGCAGGUGCUGGAAGGGAUGCUGGAGGGUGCCUCCUAUCUCCGUCCUGUGCUUCGUGUUGUGGGGAACCUCCUGGCUACCCAGUGUGACCCUGAGCUGCUGGACCACUUCUGCCAAGAACUGAAUGUGCCUCUGUCCCUGCUGUGUUUAGCCAAGCAGAUCCUGGAGAGUGGUUGCACCAAGCAGCAGCCCUGGUGUAUCACUGUGCUGACAGACCUCCUCAUGGUGACCACAGUUUAUUUCAGCAGUGAACGCAGCCUGGAGGAGAGUGGGCAAAAGGACAGCCUGCAGACCUUCCAGGAGAGUGCUGGCUGCUUCCUGGCCCUGCUGCCGGAGCUGCUGGCUGAGCCAGUCGACAGUGAGAUGAGACUCUGCCAGCAAAGCCUCCUGUGGUGGCAACCCCUGUGUCUUCCCCAGUGCUUCACCAAGCUCUGUGAGAGCCUGGAUGCAACAGACCCCUCCAUCUCUGCACCCUUCUACACCAGCCUGCGAGAGGAUCAUCAGCCACUGCUGAACAGACUCCUUCAUGGAUCCAUCUCAGAGCAGCCUGCUCUGCGAGGUGCAGCGAUGGAGGCCAAGUCAGACCAGAGCCCAUGUGUGGCAGACCUCUUCAUGGCUGCACUGGCUGCUGCCUGCAGUAUCCCCCUGGAGAGGAACAGCUGUCGGGAAGCCAAGCAGCAGGUCGCUCAGGCAGUAGCUGAAAAGCUUAUGGAAGGAGAGAGGCAGCAGCUUGGGAAACUGCUGGGAAGACUGGAGCACUCAAGCUGCUCCUUGAACGUACUGAAGAUCCUCUAUGCUGGCUGCCAUGCCCACCCAAGCCUGUGCCAGCACCUGGGAAGGAGCCAACCGCUGUGGGAUUUCCUCAUGCAGCUCUUGAAGGGUGAGGUCCCCUCGGUGGAGGUGGCCCAGGAGGCAGCCUGUGAGGCCUCUGUGUGCCUGCUAGCCCUGCUCACUCUGCACUUUCAGGCCUCCCCUCCCAGGCUUGAGGAGGUGGUUACCUUGGCUGUGGAUCUCAUCACGCAAUCUCCUGUUGUCUGCCUUGUGGGUGCUGCAGCAUUCCUCCUGGCACAACUCAGUCAGCAUGGGGUGGCCUUGGAGCUCAAGGGAGAAGAGGUCCUACCAGUGGUGACAAAUGCGCUGACAACACCUGCUAAGCUGCAGCUCCCCCUGCCAAUGGGUGCUGGUCUCUAUGAUGGGCUCUUUUUCCUCCUGCUGAAACUCCUUGCUCAGGAGGAUGUGGCCAUGGAGCAGGGCUUUGCCUCCUCAGAGCUGUGGAGCCUGGUCUGGCAUUGUGUUGCUGUGGUGCUUCAAGUGGGCAGUGACAGGGCAGCGCUGGAGGGAGAGCCCCCAGGGGCAGGCCACCCCAUGGCAGAGCCAGACUGGAACCUCCUCUCCCCUCAAGGCACCCUGCUCUUCCUCAGCCUGGCUGUCUGCAUCUUCACUCGUGAGUCGCACCAGUGCCUGCCUCAGCUCACCCAGUCCUGUGGUGUCCUCAUGGUGACCCUGAAGAGACUGCUGUCCCCCGGCUUCCUUGAAUGCCUGGCACAGACGCAAGCAGGAGAGGAUGGGGACCCUGAGGUUGUCCCAGCUGUGGUCAUCCAGGCCUGCCAGCUCCUCUGUUUCCCUUUUGCCCUGGAUGUGGAUAGAGACACCUUAGCACUGAUCAUGGAGGCUAUGAGAGACACCCAGAUCCCUGCCCAGCUGCUGCAGGUCUGCUCUCGACAUCUGCCCUUCUCAUUCACGGAGCUCCCUAUGAGCCUCUUGUGCCACCUCGUUGUGUCUGACACUCAGGUCAUAGACCAAGUGGUGAGGGAAGCUGCCACCUCGGAGCAUGUCAUUGCCUUUUUCAAAUCUGCCUUGUUCUCAGACAACCUCACACUCACAACUGACCUCCUGUCUCUCUUGACCCACGUGGCCCGGGCCUGUUCGGAGCAUCUGCCCUUUCUCCAGAGGAUCCUGAGGGGCUUGGAUGUGGCUGACCAGCCACUGACCUACCUGCUCGGCCACCAGCAAUACCUGAUACGGGCCAAAACCUGCAAUCUGCUGGGCAACCUGCUCCGACACGGCUUUCCCGCGGCGCUGCAGAGCCAUCCCAGCUGGCUGGAGAGCCUGCUGGGGUGCCUGUCGGACGCGGAGGGCAGCGUGCGCAAGGCAGCCAGCUUUGCUGUGGGCAACGCCGCCGGCCACGCGUCCUGCCCGGCCGGGACUCUGCGCAAGGCGGUGCCCGCGCUGGCCCGGCUGCUCAGCGACCUGCAGGCGAAGACGCGCUGCAACGCGGCCCUGGCCCUGAGCAACCUGGGCCAGCGCGGGGCAGAGCUGGGCGACCUGCUGAUCCAGAGCAGGGCCCCCCACUUCCUGCUGCAGGUGGCCUGCCAGGACCCCUGGGAGAGCGUGCGGGAGGGAGCCCUCGUGGCGCUGCGGGUCCUCAGCGAGCACCCCGGGAUCCAGCAGGCCAGCAAAGAUGCUUCUGUAGAUGACUGACUUGCUUGUGCCUCACGUGCUAUGGCUCUACAUGGCCUCUUCAGGACCAGACCAUGCUAAUCUGGGCCCCAAACAGGAGAAGAGUGUUGGGCCCAAGUCAGGCACCCUUCUGGCUGGGAGACCUCAGCCGUUCUGGGCCUGGCGCCUCUCUCAGCAGCAGGCGAAACCCACCUGGAAUUUAGAGAAGAGGUAUGUGAGUGCUUUCCAGGAUCGAAUCCUGCUGCCCUCAGGGAUCCCUCUGCAGCAAUCCUGCUUCUUGUGCUCACCAUCACUAUGCCACGCACAGCCCACUGAAGACACCCUCCAAAGCCCUCCUGGCACUGCCUCUGCCACGGGAAGGGCAAUGUCUUCCUCGCUGAUGGAACCCUGCCUGCUUCCUGUGCUGGUGGAGGAGCAGUCUGGGACUGGGGUCAAAGGCUCUGCCCUCAGCUCAGGUCAGCAGGCUGCCAGCUCCUAUAGACCAGUGCUCAAUAACAAAUCCUUCCUACGUCCAAACAGUGCUAAAGUGCCUUUUCUGCAGUCACUGGAGAUCAAAAAGGUGGAAAAACCCCACAGUUCUCCUGCUGCCUCAUGGCCCCACUCUGGGGGCAAUGGAGACAGCUUCUCUAGCAGCCUGAUCAAUGGAGCAGUGACGAACAGUGACCUUGUGUUGAAGAAAACCAUGGUCCCCUCCCUGACCCUUCCGCCAAGCAGUGCUGUCCUCAGGAAGGACCAGUGCUCAUGGCAGGACACUCAGAAGAGAGUUCACAGCUCAAAAGAGAAGGAGCCGGAGAAGAGCCUCUUGAAGGCUGUGCAGCAGCUAGCCAGUCAGGCUGCCGCACGCAACGGCUUUGGGUGCCAAGUCAGAAGUUCUGGCCUUACAAAGGUGGGCAGCCUGUCCAACUGGAACAGCAGGAGGCGGCAGCACGUCGGAGCGCAGCUCACCCCGAAAGACACUAUUGCUCCUCUGAACUUGGAGCGGGGGAGCCAUCGCCUUAACAGUAACUCGAGCCUUAGGGGCACCAGUGGUGCCGUUGCCUGCACUCACCGUGUCAGCGUCUGUCCCUUGGCCUCACGCACUGGUGCUCCCAAUGGCAGCUCCGACUGCCGGCUCGUGGGCAUGCACAGCCCGCGUGCGGGGAAUCAGGUGGUGAGAGCUGAGCCUCUGCACCUCACUGCCAUCUCUGACGUGACAAAACAGAUGUCCACCAUUCAACUGGAAAAAGAGAAGAAAUGGGUCCAAGCUGUUGUCCCAGGAAAGCUUGAUGCCGCUGUUGAUCAGUCACUGCUGGAGCCAAGCCAUCCCCAGGAUGAAGCAGAGGAAGAACUUCCUGAUGGCCUGGACGAGAGCUGCAGCCAGGAGGAGGAUGAGGACAGUGACUCGGAUGCUUCCUCUGUUACUGACGUGUCAUCCAGUGGCUCCAUGAGUCUUGUAUCCAGGAAUUGCAUCAAGUGCCUGGCCCAGCCUGCCGAGGCUCAGGAAAAAGUGCUCAAACCAGCUCUUGUCUGCAGUUUAUUCCCUAAUGUGCCUCCAACUAUCUACUUCAGUACUCGGGAUGAGACAGGUGAGCCAGGGUCUGUUGCCACACAGGGUGAGAUUGGGCAGCCCGUUAAUUAGGAAGCAAGCGGUGCCAGCACACAGCCGGGAGCUGGCUGGAGUGGCUGCCCUUCACCCCUCCCAUGAUGAGACCCAGCACUGCUCUGAGGUCCAAAGGACUGGAGUAAAUUAUACUGCUUCCAUAGCCUGGAGCAUGACUCACGCUGCCAAUAAAUUCCAGUGUCCUGGAUCUUCCCCAGCUAUGGAGUCUUCUGCUCCAUGCUAGUUCUGCAAGGGGGGCUAUGUACCCUUCUUUGCAGGCCUGGUACCUGUGCAGCAAAUCAUAAGAACCUUGCAGCUGUAGAAAACCCAAGUAUUGUGUUUGUUUUCCUUCAGUCCUUAACUUUUUGCCUUCCUAGUGGAAAAGCUGCCUUGGGAGCAGAGGAAGCUGCUGCGAUGGAAAAUGUGUGGAGUCACACCGAACAUUGUGAGGCAAACUGUUUGUAGGUCUCACUUCAGAGUUAGCAAAAAAAGCAAUGACUGGCUGGGUUGCUGGGGCCAUCACAUGAAAUCUCCCAGCUUCAGAGCCAUCAGGGAGCACCAAAAGCUAAACCACUUCCCUGGCUCAUUUCAAAUUGGGAGAAAAGACCGUCUGUGGCGCAACCUGUUGAAGAUGCAGGCUCGCUGUGGGAAAAAGGAGUUUAACUUCUUCCCUCAGUCCUUCAUCCUGCCACAGGACAUCAAAUUACUCAAGAAAGCAUGGGAGGAAGGAGCUAGCAGACAGAAAUGGAUUGUGAAACCACCAGCAUCGGCAAGAGGCAUUGGUAUCCAGGUCAUCCACAAAUGGAGCCAGCUCCCCAAAAGGAGGCCGCUGUUAGUACAGAGGUAUCUGCACAAACCCUACCUCAUUGGCGGGAAGAAGUUUGACCUGAGGAUCUAUGUUUACGUCACUUGCUAUGAUCCCCUCAGGGUCUACCUGUUCAAGGAUGGAUUGGUUCGCUUUGCCAGCUGCAAGUAGGUUGUGCAGGAGAGUGGUGCUGGGGCUGCCUUGGUGCCAGGGCAUGUGUGGCUGUGGUACCUGCCUCAGCUGGGCAGGAGAGAGUCAUCCCCUAGAUGGUGAUGCUCAAAGCUAUAUCUUGCUUGCUUAAGAAGCAGAGUGGAAACAACACGAGGUUGUUGCAGGUGACAGUGAAAGGGAAUGUGAGAGGAUGCUGCCUACAUCCACCUUUCCCAAUGCAAGAUGAGCUCAGUGUAAAGCAGUUCUUGAAACAUGCUGUCUGUGCUCCGUUCUGCAUAAAAGCUGGCACACCAGAAUCUGAGAUAUUUCUUCUAGUUUUCAUUAUAUGCCUCAGACUACUGCAGUUCCAGCAGUGCUUCUGCUCACCAAUGCUCUGGCCUUUUCUUAAGGACACGUUGUGAGGGUGGAAUUACGUUCCAUUGUCCCAAGGAAGCCUGUGCUGUCUCAUGUUUUGUCCAUGAGCUCUGGGCCUGUGGGGUCAGAGAGCUCCAGGCAGCAGGGCUGGUGGGUGGCUGAGAGUGGUCUGAGAUGGACCUAGGGGCAGCCAGUUCAGUCUCAGACUGCUUGUGCUCCUAUUGCCUCUUCCAGGUACUCCUCCUCGAUGGAGAGCCUCAGCAACAAGUUCGUGCACUUAACCAACUACAGUGUGAACAAGAAGAACACAGAGUACAAGUCCAACUCGGAUGAGACUGCUUGUCAGGGACACAAAUGGGCACUCAAAGCUCUCUGGAAUUACCUGACCCAGAAGGGAGUGAAUAGUGAGACCAUCUGGGAGAAGAUUAAGGACAUCGUUAUCAAAACCAUCAUUGCAUCUGAGCCAUACGUGAACAGCCUUGUGAAGAUGUACGUGCGCCGGCCAUAUUGUUGCCAUGAGCUGUUUGGGUUUGAUAUCAUGCUGGAUGAAAACCUCAAGCCCUGGAUCUUAGAGGUCAAUAUUUCCCCAAGCCUCCACUCCAACUCGCCUCUGGAUGUGAGCAUCAAGGGCCAAAUGGUUCGAGACCUUCUCAACCUUGCCGGCUUUGUUCUGCCCAGCAUGGACAGCGUGGCCUCAAGGCCAGAGACAAGAAGUAGCUCUACCUGCAGUCUGGACAGUGCUUUGAAGGAGAAGCCCAAGCCAGUGUCUGAGCAUUUCAGAGCAGAGAAGAUGAAGCAGGCCUAUUACUUGAUGCAGAAGAUACCUGACCAGGAUUUUUAUUCUUCUGUCUUGGAUACCCUGACCCCGGAUGAUGUUCGCAUUCUGGUGGAGACAGAGGAUGAGUAUUCCCGGCGUGGGCAGUUCGAGAGGGUGUUCCCCAGCCACAUCUCUAUGCGGUACCUGCGCUUCUUUGAGCAGCCUCGUUACUUCAACAUCCUGGUGACCCAGUGGGAGCUCAAAUACUACUUGAAUAGACAGAAAGGUCUGGAGCUACUGAAGAAUUGGUGUGUCAAAGGGUACCACACUGGGACAGGGACAGAUUUUGCCCAGAUGUGGUCGUUGCCAAAGUCUUUCUUCCUCCAGAAGAGUAGCAUUCAAUCUAAUGGCUUCAGCAAACUGGAACUGGGCAGACUGGGUACGCACCUCCCUUCAGCUGGUGAGGACCUCACAAGAUGCCUGGAGCCCAGCCCUACUCAGAGCUUACCUCUCAACAAGUGCACUGGUGGAGCCAACCAGAGACUUUCUGGCUGCCUCUCGGACACCACCCUGGUGAUGUGACCAGGCAACCACUGGGGACACAUCAACCUACCUCAAAGGAAGAGAUGGGAGCUGGCUCUGUAGAGCAAGGACUGUGGGAGCCCCUUGCACUGCACACUUGCUUGCGGGGCUGUUUUUGGAGAGGGGUGUUUUACUGGGCGAAGAGGAAUGCUGUGUGACUUCAGCUUUCAAAACAAAUGGCAAAGCCUGAGGAAGUGGGGUUUGUCAGGUCUUUGUCCUAGGCUGCUUUUAAAUCCUGACAUGGUGGUUUAUCUGCUGCAUGGGAGCUGGCUGAGCCUGCCCUUCUUGUCCCCAACCAGCAUAGGCUGAGCCCUUGGUUGCCUGUGUCUCUGUGUCCUGAGCUGCUGGCAGCGAAGUGUGCUCUUGCCCUGCUGCAGCCUGGGCCCUGGAGAAAAGUCCCCUAUCAGUACCCCACUCCUCUGGAAGGAGCAGGGCUUGGGACCUUUUCUGAAUGCCUGUGCCAACAUCCUGCCCUAACCCCAGCAUUGGGCCCUGGGGGAUAUCUCAGGCUUGCACAUUGCUGCUCGAGACACCAUGUGGAACAGCAUGGCUGCAGUUUAUCGGGACAAUAGGGCUGCUGGAGAUGGAACAUCCUUCAGCCGAGCCCAUCAGCUCUCUGGUGUGCCCUACAGCAUAUGUGUGUGGACUGCAGGCUGAUGCUCUUGGACUCUGCUCUCUAUUUUCCAUUUGUUUCUCAAGGAUUUUUAUUAAAGUUUAACACUCAGCUGCU